CGUAACUUCCUUGGUUUCAGGAUCAUCAAGACAACUAGCAACUACUUGGCGUGCUUUGCAACUUUGAACAUCAGAUAUGAAAGAGUCCAGGCGGCAGCAGGGAUCUUCAGAAUAGCGCGAUCGGAACGGAAGAACUCUCGAUAGCAGAACCACAACAGAUAUGAUCGACGAUCAAGACCUCGGCUUCUUUGCCAAUUUUCUUGGCAUCUUUAUUUUUGUAUUGGUGAUUGCAUAUCAUUUUGUGAUGGCUGAUCCAAAAUAUGAAGGCAACUAAGGUUUUCUUUCUGGUUUGUGAGGGUGAUAGUGAUGCCAUGGGGCGUGUAAGAUGGAAUGAAGCUAAUCUUGAGGAAAUUGAAGCAAAUAAACCUGUGAGGCAGAAAAUUACUGAACCAAAGACACCAUAUCACCCCAGAAUUGAUGAUGAUGGU